UUUUUUUGUGGAAGACCCCCCCCAGUGCCACUCUCCUAUUGGUCUGAGCUUUGGGAUACACCCUAUAUGCCUUGGCAGUUCAUGACUCUUUCACCUGUGUCAACCAAACUCCUCAGAGGCAAGCAGCAGCAGUGAGUCCAGCUCCAGACCUCUACAACCGAAGAACAACACGGAUCAACUCGGAAACAUGGAGAACAGUCCUGGUGGUGGUGUUAUCUUGUACGCUGGCUCGUCUGGCAGCGCCAGUCCAAGUCCUGGCAGCCCUUCAAGUGGAUACCAGACCCAGUCGCCUUCCUCCCACUCUCAGCCCUCGUCCCCGGAGGGCGUCUCCUUCCAGGAGAUUGGAGCCCUGAAGCAGAGAGGGGAGCAGAGAGGAGGAACCGCUUCCCCCAAAAUGGUCUUUCAGUUUCCGGAAGUGAGCAAUGCCCCAGUGGCCCAAAUCACGACAAUAUCAUCAGCAACCUACGCCCACCCCACGGUGGCCAAAAGGCCUUGUGGCUUCACCGGAACAUUCACAAAGACCGGAGGCAUGGUGCUUCUGUGUAAGGUGUGCGGGGACAUCGCUUCUGGAUUCCAUUAUGGCGUGCACGCCUGCGAAGGCUGCAAGGGUUUCUUCAGACGCAGCAUCCAGCAGAAUAUUCACUACAAGAUGUGCGUGAAGAACGAAAACUGCCUCAUCAUGCGCAUGAACCGAAACCGGUGCCAGCACUGCCGCUUCAAGAAGUGUCUUUCUGUGGGCAUGUCCAGAGACGCUGUGCGUUUUGGGCGUAUUCCCAAGCGGGAGAAGCAGAGACUACUGGACGAGAUGCAGAGCUACAUGAACAGUCUCAAUGAAUCAGCCUCCAUGGAAGUGGAGGUGUCGCCUCCUCUCAACGCCCCGUGCAGUCCACAGAACCAGACCAGCGAAGGAGCCGGCUCCAUGUUACCGUCUUACUGCAGUGACGAGAAGCCCCUCAAGAUGGCCGCCGCCGCCAACAACAACAACAACAACCACCACCACCACAGCGCUUCCUUGUCCCAGACCGGUGCGGGGCAGGAACCCGCCGUGACGCUCCCGACAGCCCAGACGCAGCACGCCGGCGAGGCGGAGCCGGCCGGCCUGCCCACGAGCUACCAGGUCCCCACAAACUUCCACGUCCCCAACGCCAACAACGAAGGCUCCGCUCACACGAAUAUGGACAACGCCAAGUACAACUACUCCUCCGGUCACAGUCAGUGCCCCGUCACUGCCAGCCAGUCGUCCCAGACCUACUCGUCCAUUCAGAACGGUUUCCCAGCGAGUGGCUCCGCAAACCAGAACUCCUGCCCCUGGAAGCUGAGCGGAGGAGCCAAAGUGCUGGCCUGCCCUCUUAACUCCUGCCCCGUGGCUCCGGCCAGUCGCUCCAGCCAGGAGGUGUGGGAGUCUUUCUCCCAGUGUUUCACCCCCGCCGUCAAGGAAGUGGUGGAGUUUGCGAAGAGCAUCCCGCUCUUCCAGACUCUCAGCCAGCAUGAUCAAGUUAUGCUGCUCAAAUCUGGAACCUUCCAGGUUCUCAUGGUGAGGUUCUGCUCACUGUUUGACCCCAAGGAGAGGACGGUGACCUUCCUCAAUGGACAGACGUACUCCCUGGCAUCGCUGAGAGCUCUGGGAAUGGGCUCCUUACUGGACUCCAUGUUUGACUUCAGUGAAAAGCUGAGCUCUCUGGGUCUGGAGCCUGAUGAGAUGGCGCUCUUCAUGGCUGUUGUGCUGGUUUCUGCAGAUCGCUCUGGCAUAGUAGAAGUGGGAGCAGUGGAGCAACUGCAGGAGAAUUUAAUAAAAGCCCUUCGUUCCCUCAUCACCAGUCGCCGCCCUGAUGACAGCACGCUCUUCCCAAAGCUGCUGCUGCGUCUGCCCGACCUGCGCACCCUGAACAACCAACAUUCUGACAAGCUCCUAGCUUUCCGCAUAGACCCUUAAGUUCAGGAGGCUUUGAAUUCACAGGAGUGGCUCCUUUACUUGUGGGGACUUUUCUUGCUCCCUGCAUGCAAGCCUACCUUGCUGCGAUCAGUAGUACACUGGCCUCUGAAUGGCGGACAGUUGGGGAGCUGUGCCAAGUCAGAGGAGACUGGACAAAGUGAAGAACGUAGGCACAGCGGGAGGCGGGAGCUCCUGGACUCAAACCUAUCUCUCCUUCAGUUGCUUCCAGUUGAACUACUAAAAAAAAAAAAAAAAAAAAAAAAACUAAAAAAAAAAACAACUACUCAACUACUAGACUGUGUUCUUCCUCACGUUUUCGAGUCAAUGUCGAACCACCGUCACCUCUUCCUACCGGAGUUUGUCAGAGGCGGAGAGCUCUAAAGACCAAAAAGAAGAGAGACCUUCUCGUUUCUCUACAGACUUUGUUUUCCCAGCUCACAAAGCUAGCAAGAGAGAGGCGCACACUCUCACCCACGGAGGAGAAAAACGGACAAACUAUCAAUCGUAACAAUCUCGUACUGGAUUUUCUGGAACAAGUGUAAAGGCAGUUUUCCUGCAUUCAGAAACCUACAAAAUCAAUAUAUGUUAUAGCAAUAGCAAAGUCUAACACAGCUAGGAGAGCGGUUUGCCCUGUUGAGAUGACAUAAGCUAUUUUCACAACAUGCUACCAUGUGGAAAAAAAUCUUUUUUGGAAAUCACCCAUUUGUGAUUGAGAAAUGUAUAACAUUUUUAAGAAAUGAGACUACAUUGCAUUGUAUUUGUAUAUGGUAAUCAGGGAGAAAUUAUUGGUCAUUUUAGACCACGUCUGAUGGCUUCUAUGUUCUGGUGUUCUGUUGUAAAUUUUGUACAUGGCCAUUCUUCUUGGUUCGUACCCUUGUUAGUUUGCAGAAUCUUGGAUGUAUAAAUGAAUUUAGUAUUGAAAUAUUGUACGACGUCAUAUAUUAUAGAUUGCUCUAUGGACUGCAAAGAGAAAGCACCAUUUGGACGAUGUGCUCUGAGUAUAAACUUUAUAUUUGAAGAUAUAUAAUGAAAAUAAAUGUAUUGUCACCUGA